CGCGCAGGGUGCGUCGGGCCGGGCCGGCGGGCGCGGCGGAGGAAGAUGGCGUCGCUGCUGCAGCUGGAGCGGGUCGUGUACCUGGUGGACGGGGAGAAGCAGCAGCGGCUGCCGCUGUCGCAGCUCUACUUCUGCCGCUACUGCCACGAACUGCGCUCGCUGGAGUGUGUGUCGCAUGAGGUGGACUCCCAUUACUGCCCAAGUUGCCUGGAAAACAUGCCCUCGGCUGAGGCAAAACUGAAAAAGAACAGGUGUGCCAAUUGCUUUGAUUGUCCGAGCUGCAUGCAUACUCUUUCCACAAGGGCCACUAACAUCCCUGCACCCCUGCCUGAUGACCCGGCCAAGACUACCAUGAAGAAGGCUUACUACCUGGCCUGUGGCUUCUGUCGCUGGACCUCCCGGGAUGUUGGCAUGGCAGACAAAUCUGUUGCCAGCGGAGGGUGGCAAGAACCAGAGAACCUUCACACCCAGAGGAUCAAUAAACUGCUGGAGUAUUACCACCAACUGGCACAAAGAGAGAAGCUUGAACGUGACCGAAAGAAACUGGUUAGACGUAGAAACUACAUGCCCUUGGCUUUUUCUACACACACUAUACAUGUGGUGGACAAGUAUGGCUUGGGUACCAGACUGCAGCGACAGCGAGCUGGUGCUCCAAUUAUUAGCCUCGCCGGACCAACGUUGAAAGAAACAGAUGACCACAAGGAGAUCAAGAUCGAGCCUGCCCAGGCAUUGGAGGAGGUUGAACCUCUGCCUGAGGAUUACUACACCAGACCCAUUAAUCUGCCCGAGGUGACGACCCUUCACCAGCGACUGCUGCAACCAGACUUCCAGCCCAUCAAUGCCUCCCAGCUGUAUCCCAAACACAAGCAUCUCCUCAUAAAACGCUCUCUGCGUUGUCGGAAAUGUGAACACAACUUGAGCAAGCCCGAGUUUAACCCAACUUCCAUCAAGUUCAAGAUCCAGCUUGUCGCAGUUAACUACGUUCCAGAGGUACGGAUUCUGACCAUUCCCAACCUGCGCUUCAUGAAGGAGAGCCAGGUGCUUCUGACCCUGACAAACCCGGUGGAGAAUCUCACCCACGUGACCCUGCUGCCGUGCGAGGAGUCCGACUCUGACGUUGCCGACAGCACUGCCAAGGUGGUGCUCCCCUCCAAUGAGAUUGUCCUGGCGGGGAAGGACGCAGCGGCAGAGUACGACGAGCUGUCAGAGCCGCAGGAGUUCCACGACCACCCCGACGUGGUGGCGUUCCGCAAGGCCAACAAGGUGGGCGUGUACGUGCGGGUGGUCCCCCAGAACGACAGCGGUCCCGUCACCGUCAGCUUCCGGCUCCGACACAACUUCCCCACCCCCCCCGGGCCCCUGCGUCCUCCCGACCAGCCCGACUCCCCCCCUGACACUGUGUGGCUCACACAGACCCUCCAACUCACCCUAGGCCCCCUCGCUCCCUGAGGUUGGGGAGGUCAGACCCCCUCCCCUCCUCACUCCCCCCAUAACUACCACAUCCCUCCCCUCCCCCGUUCACACUAGUUCUGUUAUUCCUCCCAUGACACCCUCACUCCCCCCUCUCCCCCUUCCUCCCCUCUUCUCUCCCCCCACCCACCUCCCCCCCCUCUCCUCUCCCCGUCCCUUUGCUCUGAUUCCCCCAUCCCCAGCAUGGCACAUAGCUCACAGUUUAGCCCCGGUACAUCCGGCCCCCACCGCUGCGUCUGUCCCCGCUCCCAGACACCAGCUGAAGUUCAGACCAGACGUGUCUCAGACAGAUUUUCAGGCGGAUAAGAUCCGUCCCAGACAAUCAGACGGCGUCUCAAGAUGCGGAACAGAGAGGGUCCCAGACAGAUAGACGGGGCCAGACGCCGUCUUGGACGGACCGACAAAUUGCCAGACAGAUGGAGGACAGACACAGAGUAGACGGAGACAGAUGAGGUCUUAGACAGUGAGGGUCCCAGAUAGACAGGCGGGAAGCAGAGGGGUGACAGCCUGCUCUAGCACGGUUACCCCCUCUCCCCGUGGUGAAUGUGCUGCCUUCCCCCCUCGCUGUGGGCACACCAUGGUGUGGGACAAAAAGGCCGUUCUGCCUGUCUAUCUCCCUCCCGUGCCCCGGUCCGGCUCGUGACUCCGCUUCCCGUAACCGCUGUGCUGUCACUGUAGAUGUCCUAACAUAUUCACAUGUAACUUAUGUAUUGACUGAAUAAACAUGCGUGUAACCCUC